CUAUGGUUCACCCAGCAUCACCCCGAGGUUGACCACUUUCGCUGUGCGGCGCGCCUUCCUUGCUACUUUGUCCUUAUUCGAGCGCCACUCUCUUUCCCCCACCGCCCACGACCAUGGCCGACCGAGAGAUGACCGAGCCACCACCGCCGCAGCAAGAGCAGGACAGCGCCAUGUCCGACGCCGACAAGAUCCGUGCAAAGCGCCUCGCGAAGCUUGGAGGUAGCUCGACGCCGCGACCGUCGUCCACUGGGCCUGCAGCUUCCACCUCAACUCCAGCGUCUGGUGCCUCGUCGCCGAAGACCGCAGCCGCACCGUCGCCGCAACCACGAACGCAAUCCCCACAGACAGCCCACCUCAGCUCGCAUGCGGACGUCAAGACGGAGACAAAGCCGGCCACUCGCAUCAACAUCAAGCCUGCUGCUACAGCGACCACCGCUGCAGCCCCGCCACCUGCGCCGCGGCCGCAAGACGACAGCAUCGAGGGUUGGGAGGACCGUACCAUCAGCGGCAUUUUCAGGAUAACACUUGAAGAGGCGCGUUCGCAAGAUGCACACGGUCACAGGGUCUACUUUGCUUCAGGCUUGAAGCAGGACCUGCAAGAUGAGGGUCGGCCACUGCGGUUCAGUACUGACGUGCUAGACUCGGUCGUCAUGGAAGCUGCGUCAAGCCACACGCACAGAAAUGCUCUGGAAUACUUGCUCGGGUGCUGGAAGCGAGUUGCUAGGCAAUCAAAGGCCAUCACCAACAAGAGCGAUCCAAAGUACGACAUCGUGCGGGAGCUUCGACGGAUAUGCUUCAACUACGCCAUCUUCGCCGCCACCAUGCCUGACAUGUUCGGUGAGGAGGCGCCUUUAGAGAAUGCACUGGCGGACCGCUUGUUGCUUGGGCCUGACGACGACCGGGGCAUCUGCUUCGACUUCCUCCAGGAAGCCUGCAACCGCGCUGAGGAUGACGAGACUGCGAAAGAGGCGUUAGUUGGUGCUAUGGAAGAUCUGAGCCGGCGAUUGUCGAGGGCAUCCAUGAACAGCGACUACAAGGCCUACAUGUUGGCGCUUCGUAGCCUGAUACGCUUCCCUCCGCUCGUCGCUGCCAUGGUGCAGUCAGAGACCUUCUUGCCUAUCGAUAUCGAGGCCCAAAACAUCGAGACGCAGACCUUUCUUGGACCGUUCUUCCGGCUAUCGCCUAUGCAGGGCGAUGUUGCGGUCAACUACUUCAAUGGAGCAUCAGGUGGAGAUAAGGCCUUAAUCGCUAACGCGCAGCGGGCUCUCCGUAUGACCCUCCAAUCUCACCAGGACGAGCUCUUUGACGUUGCGAACGCCUUCAUCAAGAACAAGGAUUCGCGAGACAAGAUGCUCAACUGGUUCGCCCUGACAGUGAACAAGAACCACAAGCGACGAGCCCUUCAAGUCGAUGCCAAGACCGUGUCCACUGAUGGGUUCAUGGUCAAUGUCACCGUUAUCCUGGAUCGAUUGUGCGAGCCCUUCAUGGAUGCCUCUUUCUCCAAGAUCGACCGGAUCGACAUUGACUAUCUUCGACGAGCGCCGCGCGUUGACAUCGAGGAUGAAACCAAGAUCAACGCUGAUGAGAAGAUGUCGGAGGAGUUCUACAGCACCAAGGCUGAUGGAGUCAGCAAUUUCAUAUCGGAGGUGUUCUUCCUGACCGUGGCCGCCCACCACUAUGGUACUGAAGCUGCCAAUUCUAAGCUCUCAUCCUUGCAGAAAGAUGUAAAGUGGCUGAAGAAGGAGCUCGAGAAGUUCGAGACCGAACGCCACAAGUACAUUGCGAAUCCUGUGCAGUUGCGAGUCUUCGAUGCCCAUGUCAAGAAGAUCAAAGAUCAAAUCGAACGCGGUACCUGCACCAGCCACGCCAUCAUGGGCAUACUCAGCGACGAGACUAUGCAGGCCCGGUCUAUGCAGCUCAUGCGCUAUGUCAUCGUAUGGCUGUUACGUCUUGUCUCGGGAACCGAUUUUCCCACGCAAGACUUGCAACUGCCCCUGCCUAGCGAGCAGACCAUGGCUUUCAGGUGUCUUCCCGAGUACUUUGUGGAAGACAUUGUUGGCAACUUCAAGUUCAUUACACGCAUGAUGCCGCAUAUUAUCACGAACACCCAAUGCGAGGAGCUCGUGAAGAUUUGCAUUGUUUUCCUCCGCGACUCCGAGUACAUCAAGAAUCCAUACUUGAAGUCUGGUCUGGUGACCAUCCUGUUCCACGGAGUCUGGGAGAUCCCACACCAUCCGAAGGGUGUCCUUGGCAAUACACUGUUUGCCAACAAGUUCGCCACAAAGCAUCUGCUGCACGCUUUGAUGCAGUUCUACAACGAGUGCGAGAGCACCGGCGUGCACACCCAGUUCUAUGACAAGUUUAACAUUCGCUACGAGAUCUUCCAGGUAAUCAAGUGCAUCUGGCCAAACCAGGUGUACCGUGACAACCUCGCUACAGAAGCACGCGUGAACCUGGAGUUCUUCGUACGGUUCGUCAACCUGCUGCUCAACGACGUCACCUUCGUUCUCGAUGAGUCGUUUACCGCGUUCACACAGAUGCAUGAGAUCUCAAAAGAGCUGAAGGCCGAUCCUAACAUGGAGCAAGCCGCACGCCAGGAGAAAGAAGAAAAGCUCUCAGCCGCCCAGGGAAAGGCUAAGAGCUACAUGCAGCUGACCAACGAGACCGUGGCUAUGCUGAAGCUCUUCACGGAAGCACUCGCUGACUCUUUUACAAAGAAGGAGGUCGUUGUUCGUCUCGCACACAUGCUUGACUACAACCUCGAGGCACUGGUUGGCCCGAAGAAGUCAAGCUUGAAGGUCGACAACCCUGAGGAGUACGGUUGGAAUCCGCGCCAGAUGCUGGCUGAACUCACAGAUGUAUACCUCAAUCUGCAGGACAAGCAGUCCUUCAUUGAUGCCGUCGCAACCGAUGGACGUUCUUACCGUUCAGAGUACUGGAUCGAGGCCCAUAAGAUCAUGGCCAAGUUCCACCUCAAGAACGAUCAGCAGCUCCAGCAAUGGGAAGCCAUGGCUCGCAACAUCAGUGCCACCAAGGAGGCUGCUGAUGUGGAGGAGGCUGACUUGGGAGAGUACCCUGACGAGUACACUGACCCUCUCAUGGCUACAUUGAUGGAAGACCCGGUCACCCUGCCGAUCAGCAAGCAGAUCGUGGAUCGAAGCACAAUCAAGAGCCAUCUGCUCAGCGACCCCCACGACCCCUUCAACCGUUCGCCACUCAAGAUCGAGGAUGUCAUUCCCAAUGAUCUGCUGCGGGACGAGAUCCUGGCCUGGAAGGCGGACGUGCUGGCGAAGAAACGAGCCGAGCGUAGCGUAGCGGCUGAAGGUGAAACCAUGGACACCUCGUAGACAGCUGAGCAUCAGUGAUACUUGUGAGCAUGCAUUGAGGGUGUUUUGGCGUUUGUAUCCGUCGCUGCGGUUCGUGCUACGAUCCCACCGUCAUGACACAGUGAGAUUGGCUUACGGCUCUUGGGAUGAUCUUGUCGUAAUAUGCAUCUGCAUCACGGCAUCCUGCAUUUGGACAGGUAUGGCAAGGUAGAUACUGAAUAACGAGAUUUUUACAUAACCCA